AUGGCGGGUUUUCGAAAUUGGGCGAUGAUUAUUGCCAAUCUACUAAUACCCAUGGGCAUACUCAUCUUCUCUUCAGGAUUCUUCCCUUAUAAACCGUUGAUUCAUGGACUGGCGACUUUCGAUGACACAAAAGAGGAUGCCAUUGUACCCGCCAUCUUUGAUAAAGUCAUUUUUAUGGUCGUCGAUGCGCUACGGAGCGACUUUGUAUAUUCAAACGACUCGGGAUUUUUGUUUACACAGAGCUUGAUCCGAUCCGGUGCUGCGUUGCCAUUUACUGCCUAUGCAGGCGCCCCAACUGUUACUAUGCCUCGAUUAAAAGCCAUCACGACUGGUUCAGUUCCAUCUUUCUUGGAUGUUAUUUUAAAUAUUGCCGAGUCAGAUACUUCAUCAACACUGGCGUCCCAGGACACAUGGUUGGCACAGUUAAAGGCCACGGGAGGACGUCUCGUGAUGUAUGGAGAUGAUACUUGGCUUAAGCUCUUCCCAGGGAUGUUUGACCGAGCUGAGGGGACAACAAGCUUUUUCGUGUCGGACUUCACGGAGGUAGAUCAUAAUGUGACUCGACAUGUCCCCAGUGAGCUUGUCCGAGAUGACUGGACUGCCCUAAUCAUGCAUUACCUGGGUCUUGAUCAUAUAGGACAUAAGGCUGGCCCAAAAAGUCCCUUCAUGAUACCAAAACAGCAGGAGAUGGAUUCUGUGGUGACUGAGAUCUAUACUGCAAUGCAGCAAGAGGACCAUCUUCAAUCUACACUCUUCGUCUUGUGUGGAGAUCAUGGCAUGAACGAAGCUGGAAACCAUGGCGGGUCCUCUCCUGGUGAAACAUCGCCCGCUUUGCUUUUCAUGUCACCCAAGUUUGAAGCCUUGGGCCGGAGAAAAAGCCCCAUGGAACCCGCAGGGGAUAUGCAGUACUAUCAGACAGUUCAGCAAGCCGACAUCGCUCCAACUUUGGCAGGACUUCUUGGUGUUCCAAUCCCCAUAAACAGUCUCGGUGUGUUCAUCCCAGACUUUCUAGGGAUGUGGAAUCAUGGUUCCCAUAAAUUCCGAAUCCUAUUUCAAAAUGCUGAACAGCUGCUGAACACGCUGACAACAACGUUCCCUAAUUCUGUCUUCGGCCUCGAUAGCAUUGAAACCUGUGAUUCCUCGGAUAGAUCGGGAAUCGAGGGGGCUCAAUGUGCAUGGUCUCAAGUACAGCAGCUUCUCGCUGAGGGAGCCGACGCCGAGGACUCUUACUCUACGGCCGGUCCCGCCCUGUUGCGGUUUUCAAGAAUUGCGCAGGAUGUGAUGAGUCGCACUGCCAGUAACUACGAUGUCUCCCGACUCGCCUUGGGUCUGCUGAUCACAGGCAUUGCAAGCCUCAUUGUACUCCCAGCCACGUACAAGCAAUGCUCACGGCACACAUCUUCUGGUUUGUUUUUGAUGUUUUUGGUCAUUACCUAUGGAAUGAUGAUGUUUGCGAGUAGUUAUGUGGAAGAGGAACAGCAGUUCUGGUAUUGGAUUUGUUCGGGGUGGACUUUCUACCUGCAUAUCAAAUCGGAGUCAACUGCAAGUCCUGUUUCACGUAGGGGCCUUGCAUCCUUAGCAUCUCGGCCUGACAAAUGUGCCAUUCUGGUGCUCGUGAUUACUCAAAGGAUCUUGCGGCGGUGGAACCAAACAGGACAGAAAUUCGCAGCCGAGCCUGAUAUUGCUCACACCUUCUUCACACGCCAUCCAACGAUUUUCUGGUGUCUUCUUAUCCUAACAUACGUGGAUGCCGGCCGUCAUCUUCUCAAGAACGUCCCAAUAUCUGGAAUGCCUAGGGUAGGUGCCGUGGUCGUUACCAUGUUGGCCUUUACGUUCAAAUUGCACUUUGUUGCAUCCGAAUCCCCCGAACUGCUAGAUGGGACAUUUAUCUUCCAAUUCAUGAAGAAGUGGCCUUGCAGUCUGUCAUUGGUUCUGCAUGCUAGACUGGUAUUUUAUGGACUCGCUGCCAUCAUCAUACUAGUACGGUUUAUCGGAAAACGAUCUAAAACUGCCCAUGCCUCGACAGACACCAUUCAUGAGGCUCUGCACAUCUUCCUGAUGACACAGACCCGUGCCACUAACGUUCCCUUGUUUCUGAUUUUCCGGAUCCAGGCCGGCAUUCUCUCUUCGAUUGAUCUCACAGGAGUUGAAGGGACAAUCACAACCUUGAUCUUCCAGUAUAUGACGUUCUUCGCAUUUGGGGGCUCAAAUGCGAUUUCCUCUGUAGACCUUACCAGUGGAUACAACGGUGUUGGUAGCUACAACGUGAUGCUAGUGGGAGUGCUCACCUUUGUGAGCAACUGGGCAGGACCCAUCUGGUGGGCUUCACGAAGUCACCAUUUCCGAAAGAAUCGCGCGGAACAAGAUCCCUCAUCACUGUUCACUUUCCAUGUUGCCAUGUCCUUGGUUUCUGUCAUGGCCGCCUGCACUGUGCUCCGGACUCAUCUUUUCAUCUGGACCGUGUUUUCUCCCAAAUAUCUCUACAGUAUGGCGUGGGCUACUGUCAACCAUGUCGCCGUGAAUCUAUUGAGCGAGGUCAUUUUUUCCCGAUCUCAAUAG